UGCCACCCCCUUUCUGGUACCCCAAUUUCAUUUCAGUAAUUCUCUCUGUCUCUCACAAGAAUAGAACAUUUUUCAUGGCUCUGGCUCUGGGUAUUCCUCAAAGCUUCUUAUGCAGGACAUCAAAUGGCUCAAAGAUGAAGCUGUGCUCAAAUAUUAGCGACGGCAAAACAAGCACAUCCCAAAUCCAAACAAAGAAGCGGUGCUUGAGGUGCAACACCCUCUACACAGACAAAGACAAUUCCCCUACCGCUUGCUCCUUUCAUGGCCACACCACCGGAGAGAAGGGAUUAUUUGCAAUGGCCCCACCACACCAAGGGAUUGAUGGAGAGUGGAGUGAUAGGUCUGGAGUGAUUGUGUACAGAUGGAAUGAGAAGAGCAAGAGACCAAACACUGGAAGUGGGAAUUGGAAGAAGAGAUGGAGCUGUUGUCAAGAGUAUAAUGAAAAUGCCACACCUUGUCAAAGGGGAUGCCAUGUUUCCUAUGAUGAUGGCUUCACUUUGUAUUAGUUCGCCACAAUUCAGUUGCUUCAAAUAAUUAAUGUAUCAUCACUUGUUAAUUUAGAGUAUGUUAUAUGGUUCACA